UUCAUCGGCGACGGCAUGAGCAUUCCCACGCUCUUCGCCACGAGAGUGGCUCUGGGCGGCGAGGAGCAGCAGCUGUCCUUCGAGAAGUUCCCCUUCAGCGGCCUGGCCAAGACGUACUGCGUGGAUUCGCAGGUGGCUGACUCGGCGUGCACGGGAACCGCGUAUUCUUGCGGCGUGAAAGCCAACUUCUUCACCCUCGGCGUGAACGCUCAAGUGCCCGCCGGAGACUGCAAUGCGGCAAACGAUCCGGCCACGCACGUGCAAUCCCUCGCCAGAUGGGCUCUGGACGCUGGGAAGUCCGCAGGAAUCGUCACGACAACCACAGUGACUCACGCCUCGCCGGGAGCGAAUUAUGCUCACGUCGCCGAUCGAAUGUGGGAGAAUGACUUCGUCGUGCGCCAGAGUGGAUGCGAUCCCAACGUGGUUAAGGACAUUGCGAGGCAAUUAGUUGAAGAUUCGACAGGAAGCAGAUUCAGUGUGAUUCUCGGUGGCGGUCGAGGACAUUUCAGGGAUGUUAAGUACGCAGACGAGGAGAAUGGCUUUGGAUAUCGCAACGAUUCCCGCAACUUGAUCUCCGAGUGGCUCAACGAUGGCAAACGCAACAAGAAAUACGUGUGGAAUCGCAAUGAUUUACUCAAUCUGCCCACAAACACUGAACAUCUUCUGGGACUCUUCGAGAAUGGCGACAUGCAAUUCUAUCUGGAGAGUCAAGAGAAAGGAACUCAAAACACAGAACCAACUUUGGCAGAAAUGACUCGCGCGGCCAUAAAUGUGCUGAAGAAGAACAACAAGGGAUUCUUCUUGUUCGUCGAGGGCGGCAGAAUCGAUCACGGACAUCAUUACACGAUUCCGCGGGCGGCGAUUGGAGAGGCGAUUGAGCUGCACAAAGCUGUCCAGACGGCGCGGGAAAUGCUGAGCGAAGACGACUCUCUGAUUGUCGUAUCCUCGGAUCACUCUCACACCAUGUCAGUUUCCGGAUAUCCGACGAGAGGAAAUGAUAUUUUUGGCAAAGUCGAUCGAGGAUUGUUCGGCAGAGAAGCCAUGGGAUCUGAUGAGAAGGCCUACAUGACUCUGAGUUACGCCAACGGACCUUCGAUUUCUACCCAAUAUCGAGCUACAAGUCGUGUCGAUCCAAAUACUUCGGACUUCAGCCACUGGAUGUCCUUCUAUCCCUUCUAUGUUCCCUUAGCUGAUGUUGAGACGCACGCUGGAGACGACGUUGGCGUCUUCGCCUCCGGACCGUUUGCUCAUCUCUUCUCAGGAACGAUGGAACAGAGUCACUUGCCACACUUGAUGGCCUACGCGGCGAACAUUGGAAAAGGACCAAAGCACUAA